AUUGACAGUUUUUGAUUGACCGGCGGCGUGCGGAAGGCGUACGUUCGAGUUUUCGAGAAAAAUUGUUUCGUCCAUGCGUGAUAUUCCCAUUUUCUUCUAGUAACUGCUUUGUCGCACUAAUUUAAAGAUAAAUAAUCAAAAUGACCGUGGAUCAAGGAGUAGACAUCACAGAGGCUGGGGACCGUGGUGUGUUGAAGCGUAUUAUCAAAGAGGGCGAAGGCACCGAUACUCCGAACCCUGGGUGCCAAGUGACCGUCCACUACACGGGCACAUUGCUGGAUGGCACGAAGUUUGACUCCAGCAAGGACAGGAACGAACCUUUCGAAUUCCAACUUGGCAAAGGUGUGGUGAUCAAAGCAUGGGACAUCGGCAUAGCGACAAUGAAGAAGGGAGAGGUGUGUGUCCUGACCUGUGCCCCGGAAUAUGCAUAUGGAGCUGCGGGAAGUCCCCCCAAGAUUCCCCCAAUGGCUACUCUUCAGUUUGAAGUAGAAAUGAUAGACUGGAAGGUGGAAGACCUUAGUCCUGGGAAGAACAAGGGCAUAUUGAGGCAUAUCAUCGAGCAGGGCGCCGCCGAGUACGAGAGCCCUAACGACGGUUCCCUUGUCACAGUCGAGCUGGAAGGCAAGCUGUUGCCAGACGGGAAAGUGUUUGACACGAGAACGGUCACAUUCUCCAUCGGCGAGGGCAGCGAGAGCAACGUCUGCGAGGGCGUCGAGCGCGCCCUGGAGAAGUUCCAGAAGGGGGAGAAGUCCAGGCUCACCAUACAGCCGAAGUAUGCCUUCAAGUCCGAAGGUAACGCUGACCUGGGCGUGCCACCGAACACUCCGGUGGAGUACAUUGUGAAGCUGGUGAGCUUCGAAAAGGCCAAGGAGACGUGGUCCAUGGACGGCUCCGAGAAGCUGGACCAAGCGAGGAUAUUCAAAGAGAAGGGAACCAAUUACUUCAAGGCGAACAAGUACCAGUUGGCCAUUAAGAUGUACAAGAGGAUCGUACCGCUGAUUUCUGACAUGCCAGAAGACUCCAGCGAAACAGAAGAGAACAAGCAACAAGCCAAAGAGCUGCUGAUAUCAGCGCAUUUGAACCUGGCCCUAGUCUACCUCAAGGUAACCCCACCGCACCACUUCGAGGCCAAAGACAACGCGUCGAAAGCCCUAAAGUUGGAGCCCCGCAACGUGAAGGGGCUGUUCCGGCGCGGGCUGGCGCUGCUCGGCCUCGGGGACGCUGAACUCGCCCUUCAAGACUUCCAGGCGGUGGCGCAGGCCGAGCCGCAGAAUAAGGCGGCCGCCAACCAGAUUAUAGUUUGCCGGGCUACGAUCCAAAAACAACAACAGCGCGAGAAACAAUUGUACGCGAACAUGUUCGACAAGUUCGCCAAGAAGGACACGGAGCUGGAGAAACAAAGAGCUAGACAGGAAGUGGACGUGAUCGGCGAGAAGGUGGGCGAGUGGGGCGCGGGGGAGGGGGAGUGGACCGACCAGCAGCGAGACCGGAAACCCACGGAGUUCGAGAAGGAGAAUCCGAACAUCCUUAUGUUGGACAAGAGCGGACAAUUCGAGAAUAUGUGAACAAAUGACGGUAGUUGAGAAAACGUUUGAUCGAACAUUCCCGGAUAGGCUGUGUUCGUUUUUUGAAAGUCUAAUGCCGUGUUUGUGACGAAUUCGAUAUUCGAAAAUAACUUACUGUAUUCUUUUAUAAGACGCCAUGUCUUAGCUUUUGUUUCGUAAUUUAAAUGACAGAUUUAGGUUAUGGGCAUUUCUAAAAUGUGAAAUAGACAAUUUCUCUUUAAUUUUAUAUGUUGGCUUAUGUAAAUUCAUUUAAGUUUUACGAUUGGCGCAAAAACACUAUUUUUACUUACAUUUUUAUUUCAAUUAAAAAAUCGGCAUUAGACAUUACCUGAAAGUAUUGUUAUACUUAGCACGAAUCUUAUUUUAUGAUCAUAUUUAGUGUCUCCAAAUAUGUGCCUUUACAAUAAUAUACAAUAGCUGAAAUAUUUGCACGUUUUGUUUGUUCAUUAACUAUGGGAGCAUGCUUUGUAAGAUCAUUGGUCGAAUGUUCGUUCUUUUCCACGGAUCUCCUUUACCAAAACUUAAUGAAUUUCUAAUAUUUAGGAUUUUUCCUCUACAAUAUUUGUAGCUGUAUGGCAAUAAUGUCAUGUUUUUUUUUACUCUUACUCUGUAUUCGAUGAAAUAUUUUUAGUUAGUUCGUAGUUCCAAAAUGUAAUAUUUUAUCGUAACAAAACAAAAUAUGAAGUCUUAUGGCCAAGGAAUUGUGUUCGAAUUUCAAAUGUUGACAUUCCUAAUUUUUUUUACUUGUUUACAAUUUUUUUGUAAGGCUAUUUGAAAAAAAUAAAAUUUUAACCUUUGUGCUCGGUCGGUUUAAAACAUUUCCUGAACAACGUGUAAUAAAUAUGUUUUGUUUGCAGAUUUCUUACAUUUCUUGUAUAAACCGUGAUAUGAUUUUAAAUAAAUUGUUACAAGUCAA